CUUCCGGUGUAGAGUGCUGAGGUCACGGUGUCCUUCCCCACGUGUGUGUCAGUGAGUGUGAUCCGCGAUCAGCAGCGCUAGCAGCUCCGAACUCUACCGAACACAAGCGCCGUCAUGCUGAAGUCUGUAAGCCGCGCGGUUCAGCUCGCUGCUCGACUGAGCUCCGUUCCGUCCGCACCCGCCAUCAGACCCGCGCUACACCUCAGCAGAACCUUCACCAGAUCCAUCUGGAGUCUGAGCAACAGCGGAGCGGCGUCAGGCUCCAGGCCGAGGCUGCUCACAGCGACACGGGCUCUGCCGACAGUGUCCUGCGGCUGCGGGAGUCUGCAUACUGAGGGUGAUAAAGCAUUUGGAGAGUUUCUCAAUGAUGAAAUCAAAGAAGAAAAGAAGAUCCAGAAGAACAAGAGUCUUCCUAAAAUGUCCGGCGGCUGGGAACUCGAACUCAACGGCACAGAAGCCAAACUCAUUCGCUCGCUGUCCGGAGAAAAAGUCACCAUCACAUUCAACGUGAACAACAGCAUCCCACCACAGCUGGAGGAAGAGCCUGAGCACACACAGAAGAGUCAGGAGGAAGAGCCUGACAUCGUCUCUACACCCAACUUUGUGGUUGAAGUGACCAAACCAGGAGCAAAGAAUUCACUAGUGUUUGACUGUCAUUUCCCAGAGGAUGAGCUCUUUGUCUCUGAGCAGACCGGUCACGGUGAUGGCGAGGAGGAGAGCGACAUCUUCGCCAUCCGUGAGGUCAGUUUCCAGCCGGAAGGAGAUGCAGAUUGGAAGGAAACCAGCUACACACUAAACACAGACUCUCUGGACUGGGCCCUGUAUGACCAUCUGAUGGACUUCCUGGCUGACCGUGGCGUUGACAACACAUUUGCGGAUGAGCUGAUUGACUUGAGCACAGCACUGGAGCAUCAGGAGUACAUCAAGUUCCUAGAAGAUCUCAGCACUUUUGUCAAAUGCAAAUAAGGUUGUCUAGAUUUAUCACAAACAUUGUGAUAUGUCUGGUUCAUGUAGUUUAAUGUGAUGGCAGAACGAAGAUGAAGGCAGAAAAGUUUUGUAUUUAAUUUUGUAUCAUGUUUUCAAGUUACGUGCACACCGGUUACAUUUCAGAUGUCAUCGCAGGGGUUUACAGGUCUAGAGAAGUUGAGAAUGUAAACAUUCGUGAGAAAUAAAACUCAGAGGAAAUAUU